CUUUUGUGCAAAUAACUGUAGUACAGUCCUACUGAUUCUCUUCAAAAAAACAAAAACCGUAGUGGUUGUGGUUUCUGGAGGAGUAGGAACAGUAGUAUUUUUGCACGACCGUGUCGAGAGGGUUAUAGCUUUGUAGUACAACUAUAAAAAUCUUCGUCACGAACACAAGAUGGCAGAUACCGUCGUCGUACUCGGUACUAACUUCUUCCACAUCAUGCUCCAUGUAAUACGCGUCGCGUACUUUGACUUUGCAUCACAGCUCUAGUACUAUGCAUGGGCCGUCACUGAAAAAAAGUUCAGACUGAACUUCGGCAUUGUUGCGUGAAUUGCACUUGCUCUCUACUCUCCUCGCUUUUAUCCCUGCGGCGUCGUCUCAAGACCCUGGAUCUGCAUACUGUCUCUCCAUCGAUUUUCAUCUUUCCCAUAUAAAACACCAGGUGGCGGUCUCUCCGGUAUGGCUGCGGCCAAUACCGUGAUGGAGCAUGGCGGAAAGGUCGUUCUCUUGGACAAGUCCGCGUUUUUACGAAACAAAAAGGCACCAGCUUCGAAGUGGUCAACGAACUGCAUCAUAUUCAUAUCUGCAAAGAGUCACUUUAUCAGGAUCUUGCCAAGAAAGUUAUUUGCACGACGUAACAGUAAGUGCGUCUAGGGGCAGAAAAGCAAGACUUCCUUGUGAUCGAUAGCCCGAAGAACACACCACAGACAAGGAAGUCCACGGUGUUCUUGACCGCGUAAACAAAUGUUGAUAUGGAGAAGCAGUAUGUACCAGAACCGCCGGGAAGAUGAACAUGAUCAAUUCUGUUACACCUUGUAGCGAAGCCUUUUUUUUCCUCUGCAUAUUCUUGCGGGGGCAACUCGACCAAGGCGACCUCGGGCAUCAACGGCGCCAACACGAAGUCCCAGAAGGCGCUGGGCAUCGAGGACAGUGUGGAGCUGUUUUCCUCCGAUUGUCUGAAGGGCGGAGCCAAGAAGCCGGAGCUGGUCAAGGUGCUGGCCACCAACUCGGGUCCGGACUGCGACUGGCUGAUGGACGUUUUUGGACUGGACCUCUCCCUCGUCGUAUCCCGAAAAAAAAGUGCAUACAGUUGCACGCACCUUGUUGGAACUCCAACUCUAGCAGUAUAGGCUUGUCCCGUACCAAUGACACACAGGAAAACUCACAAUGUGAAGAACAAGAAGCUCCUCUUCACGAAACACGCAUAAAGAAACUACGAGGCCCGCAAGCAUUUUUGGCAUGGAUGGCAUAGGUUUCUUGCUUCGUCUGCUGCAACGCAAGGUGUAACUGUAGCGCUUUUUUCUUUGCAUACGUCGCCCGACUGGGGGGUCACUCCGCGCCGCGGACCCACCGUGGUAAGGAGCGCUUCCCGGGUAUGACCAUCACCUACGCGCUGAUAUGCGAAUGCACAAUUGUUGUUCCCUAUGAAUGUUGCCUGAAUUCGCAUGAUCAGAUCUCAAUAUGCAAAUGAAGCUGCAUACUAAAAACUUAUGCUGGAGUCUGCAGUCAAUACACAUAGCCGCAGGAGUUCGACGUCGUAAUCUGCCUGCGUCACGAGGACGAAAUUGGUAGUAUGUGAUCUUGUAUUGCGAAGUGAAUUGGCUACAACACGGGGGGUAGUUGUGCAUUGUCAUACGUGAUCCAAAUGGUGGAGAAGAUCGCUGAGAAAACCAACGGCUCUGUCGCGCAGGUGGUCACGAAGGCCCGGUAUCAGAUGUGGUUGUGGUUGUGGUUGUUCUCUUGAGUGUAUUAGAUUCAGGAGGACCAUUAUGUUUAUGUAUGAGUCAUUGGUUCAAGCGGAUCAUGCGAUACCAAAAGUAGGUGGUGGUUUUGCAAGAUGAAUGCGACUGCAUGAAAAUGAAUGUUUGCGCAACAUACACAUGAAAUGCAUUAACAGUGCCACGAGCCUGAUCUUCCAGGGUGGAAAGGUGGUGGGCGUUAACUACGAGAAGGGUGGGCAGUCCUUGAAGCAGAUGGGUCCGGUCAUCAUCGCCACCGGCGGCUUCGGCGCCGACUUCUCGCAGGAUUCCCUGCUGGCCAAGUACCGACCCGACUUGAUGCACUUGCCGACCUCCAAUGGCGAGCACUGCACUGGUACACGAAUUUUAGAAUGCAUUUUUCGACGACACUCGUGCAUUGUACCAUCUCGUACUUCUCAUACAAUGUAUGGGUCACGUUUUUGCAGAAUGCAGCGACAUGCGGGAUAGCUGUUUGUCCUCGGGAUGUUGCAGUAGUUUCCGGCUAUAAAAACAACCCCAAACCGGCGUUGUCCCUUGAAUUUGAGAGAAGAACUUCAUCACAUUCUCGACGCAUGAGAGUACUCUUCAUCAGGUGACGGCAUCAAGAUGGGGGAAGCGAUCGGUGCCAAGACCUGCGACCUCGAGUGGGUGCAGGUGCACCCGACCGGUUUGGUGAACCCGAAGGACCCCGACGCGAAGGUGAAGUUCCUGGCUGCCGAGGCGCUGCGGGGCGUCGGCGGCUUGAUCUUCGACAACGACGGGUACCGGUUCGCCAACGAGCUUGGCCGUCGUGACUACGUCACCGGGGAGAUGUGGAAAAACAAGGCUCCCUUCCGCUUGUGCUUGAACAAGGUAAUAUUUCUGGUUCUUCGUACGUCGAUUCUCUAUAAAAGAUGUGACUCCGUCUAGGAGCAGCUUUAAAUUUUUUCGUAAAGGAAAAAUUUAAAUUUGAAUUUUGCAUUUAAUGAUUUUCUUUACCGACUACAAAAUGAAAAUGAACCUGGUAUCUGCAACUUCACAGGCCGCCUCUGAAGAGAUUAUCUGGCACUGCAAGCACUACACCGGGCGCGGGGUGAUGAAGUACUACGAGUCUGGCGCGGCUCUCGCGAAGGACAUGGGCGUCCCGGUGGAGCGCAUGGCCGCGGUCACCGAAGCGCACUACCAGGCCGCGUUGAAGAUGGAGAAGGACCCGGAUGGCGGUCCGUUCCCGGCCUACCCCAGCGGCAAGACCUGGGACGAACCCUCCGGUAAGACGGGCUCCGGAAAGAAGUUCUUCCACAACACCAUCCCGGGGUCGGCCUUCGCAACGGAACCCUUCUACGUCGCCAUCAUCACCCCGAUCAUCCACUACUGUAUGUUUUUUCUUUUCGUAAAUGAUCUAACUUUGUUCACGUCUCGUUCUUGUGCAGCAUCCUAUGUUCUUCAAAUCAAUCUUGAGCGUUUAGUACCUCCAAGCACAAGAACCUGCAAGACAAAUGAAUCACAAAACCCCGUUAUCAACCAGGCAUGGGCGGUCUGGAGAUCACCACGAAGUCCGAGGUGGUGGGUGCCGGUGGCAAGGUGAUUCCGGGUCUUUACGCGGCCGGCGAGGUGAUGGGUGGCGUCCACGGCAACAACCGACUGGGCGGCAACUCGCUGCUGGACUGCGUCGUGUACGGGCGCGUGUCCGGAAAGGCGUGCGCGGAAUACCUGCUGGGAUCGCGCUUGAAGGCCACGUCUCUGAAGGAGCUGUCCGGGGGCGGUAUCUCGGGGGGCGGUACCGAGAAGUCGGCUCUGUCCGGAGGUUCUUACGAGGACGAACCCAACAAGGGCGCCGCAGCUGCUCCGGCUGGUAAGUGAAUCAACAUUGAUUCGUCUUUCAUGAAAAAUCUUUUGAUUUUGCUCACUACAACCGCGACAAGAAAAAAAGACGGUAGGAAGGCCAAGGCGUAACACGACUUUUAUAAAGAGGAAUCUUCCUCCUGCUAGUAACUAACCCAAGUGUAAGUAUGAACGGAUCAUACCGACGGAAAUUCAAUACCAUGACAGCGGCCGCUGCAGGGGCGGGAAGCUCGGGAUACUACUCCCUGGACGAAGUUGCCAAGCACACGACCGAACAGGGUAAGUUGUAUCAUUUUGUUUGCUUGCAAAUUUUAACGCAACACGAUAUUUUUGCUGAGCUUGUCAUGCGGUCCGAUUCCGAUAUGAAGAUAGCUCUCUGUCAUGCAUCAGAAUGCAUCAGUACUGUACUACACCAGAAUCAAAACCUCUACCAUCAGACUGUUGGGUCGUGGUCGACGGGAAAGUGCUGGAUGUGACCAAGUUUCUCCCCGACCACCCCGGCGGUGCACUGGCAAUCCUGACCUUCGCCGGAAAGGAUGCAACCGAGGAGUUUAACAUGAUCCACCCGCCAGAUGUGAUCCAGAAGUACGCUCCGGACGCCAUCAUCGGGCAGAUCGGUAUAGAUACUUUCUCGGGAUCAGCACGCUCUUGCGGCGGCUAUUCCUAUUUCUUGUUCACUUCUAGAUAUAUGAUAUUACGUGCAUCAGAAAUACCAAGGCUAACAUGAGCUCCUGCAAAAUCAACGUAUCAAUUUUCAUACCGAACUACCUCAUUAGGCACGCCCCCCGCCAACGCUCCGGCGGCUGCGGGCGGUUUGGACGCGCCCCUGUUGAAGAAGUCUGCGGCCGCGGGCGACGCGUUCGCAAACGAGCAGGCGUGGGGCGGCUGGCGCGAGCAGAUGAAGGAGGAGAACCCCGGGGUCUUGUACGUCAAUGUGGGCGCGUACUUCACGGCCGCACUGAACAUGGCCUCCGCGUUUUUGUUGGAAAUUAUCCUCACCAUCUUCAGCAUCAGCAAUUUCAAAUUCACCAACGACCGGUCCGGUCUGACGCGGUCCGCGAUUCUGAUGAUCCUGUUCAUGGUGGUGCACGCGGUCGGAAACCUGCACAUCUUCCUCGGGCCGGACGACUUCAACGGCUACGGCUACUUCUACGUCCGACUGUACUGGACCUGCCUCGGGCUGGUGCAAGCCAACAUCGUGGAGGUCUACAUCGCGCUGGGUGCGGUUAUCCACGUCAUGGUCGCGCUGAAGCGAACUUGGGACAUCAACCGCAACUACGCACUGAACUCCGGAAAGUUGAACCUCGCGAUGACCGGAACGCUGUUGCUGGUCUUCAUGUUGAUCCACUUUAUCAAAUGUAAAAAUGUCUGGGUCUGGAAGGAUGCAAGGAUUGUUAUGCACAUUUUGCAUGACUCCUGAUGUCUGCGAUGCAUGCCCUAGCAUCACAGAUCUUGUGAGGGCUUUCUGAUGCCUAUACCGCAUGAGAAAUGCCCUCUCGCCGUGGCCAAAACCAGACCUCUUUUGCUGUUCAUGCAAUACAGAUUUUUGGAUAAUGCAGACGCAGCAUCACAAGUUACAUUCUUCCAGACCUAGACAUUUUUGCAAUCCAUACACUUGAAGCAGUUCCGAUUCGGCGAGACGCAGAAGUUCCUGGUCCGACCCCCACCGUACCUGGUCAACCUGCACCCGAUAUCCCCGAGAAAAAAGAUGAGACUACAGUACGACAAUAUUUGUGAUGCUGAUGCAAAACUGAAAAUCAGUGGUGCGCAAAAGACAAGAUCUCAGUAGACAGCUGGCUAUGUUGGCUAUGGACUCACGACGCCCGCCCAUGACAACUUUUGGCAUGUUAUUUUUUUGUCCGUGUAUUUAAUAUCAGCAGUGCAUGACAAACACAAAUGAAGAAAUACUCGCGAUGUUUUUCGCGGUUCUGACCCUAGAUCUCCUGCGUCCGAAGCUGCUUGCGGCGACGGUGCAAAGGUUUUUGAUGUGGCGCAGUCGGGUAUGCAUGACAAACACAAAUAGUUCAUCGUCCUACUAUUACUUAUCUUUUUUCUGUGUGAUACCCAAGCGACUGGCUGCACCUGCGCCUCUUCUGGUCCACGGACGAGAGCAUCACUCCGGUGCCGGUGCGCGAUAUCUACAAGCUGGAAUUCGACCUCUUCCAGGACGCCAUCUGGGUGCUGUGGUAUAAAUGUUGAUGGUCUUCUUGUCUACAACUAAGUGGAAACAAAAACGCAGCGCAAGAUGGAAAAUGGUUUAUAUCUACUUCAUCGCGCGGCAUGACUAUGACAAAUCAGAUUAGUUGAUCGCAGUGGCAUUUAUCAUCAUUAUAACCCGAUGAACCAGGUACCUCUUCUCCACCACAAUGUUCCUGAUGCAUGCCUGCUGGGGAUGGCAAAAGGUUGUUCCGUCUUCCCUGUUCAAGAUCCCGAAGGGGCACCACAAGCGUGUGAUACGGAUUGCAAAACUAUCGGACGUAUUUCGUACGAAUUGCAACAUCCGCAAUCUGAAACAGUAGAAAAUAAAGGGUGAUGAAUUUGUAGUGCAUUUUUUGCAGGAAAAAAAUGAAUUUGUAAUACUGUGGUCGUAGCUAAUAAACGAUAUUUAUCUGUCAUGCAAUAUUGCAAUUACUCACGAUCAGUGCGAUAGUUUUGCACGGGAUACGUGACCAACAUGGGAUACGUCAUCAUGGCCUGCAUCGCGUUGUGCUACUUCUCCUUCCCCCUCUACUGCUUCUUCUUCCCCAUGAAGCAGGGAGCGUUCGGCGUCAGCUAA